AUGGUGCGUGGAAACAUCUCGAAAGCCCUCACCAGGCGGCCUGACCGCACGGUCCGUCCGGCGCAGUGCCCAGCUUGGGCACCACUGGGUCGAGCGCUGCAAGACUUUUGGGCCAACGGCUCCACCAGUGAGCUUCCACCGCUGUUGUAUUGGUCGAACUUGCGCUCUGAACCUGAAGAACUCCCACCGGCCCUCUUUUUUCGGCGGCCCGCUGAAAUGCCACCAGUGGAGCGCUAUGCCUUAGAUCUUUGUCGACAGCAGGGUGGUCGCAUCCUGGAUGUGGGCGCUGGGGUGCGGGUCCUCUGGAGGGAUGGGAAGAUGAAAACAGCCAUGGAAGGCCAGGUCUAUUUGAUGUGGAUGUGGAGCAGCUGCUGA